GCAUCAAAAUUAUUAGCUCUAUUACUUGUGGAAUUCACUGCUAAAGAAAGCCAUUCUACAAGUACAAGUUUGGAUACAACCUCCAAAACUUCUGACUUUAGAAUAGUUUGAUCAAGUCAAAACACAAACAUAAACUAAUCCUCUUAUAAUUUAUUCAACCCCAAUGAUCAACAAUAAAAGAUCAGAUUUAUAAACUGUACAAAAGUUUUCUUCAAGCCAAGCUAAUGGGUUUCUCACACAUCUUUCUCUUCCUCUCCAUCCUCCCUAGUUUAUCCACAGCUGAGAGUUGCUCGACUUCCAAGUGUAUAAACGACAAAUUCUCCAUCCGGUUCCCCUUCCGAAUUCCAGAACAGCAACCUGCAAGAUGCGGCUAUCCCGGUUUCAACUUAGCCUGCAACAAAGCAGGUAUCACGACUCUGAAUCUAUAUUCUUCAGGACAAUUUUAUGUAAGGGAUAUCGAUUAUGCCACUCAACAGAUACAGCUCUAUGAUCCAGAGGCUUGUCUUCCUAGAAAGCUUCUUGAAGGCUUCAAAAUCUCAGAUUCUCCGUUCAUGCCCCUUUUUAGUCAGAAUUUUACCUUUCUAAGCUGCCCGUCUCAGUUUGCAAUAUCGCGUUUUCCGGUCCUUGGUUGCCUAAGCAAUUCCACCAACUCGGUUGUGGCUACUUCUUCCAUGAGUUUUGUCAAGUCAAUGUCAACCGCUUGCAAGAUCAUUGCUACUUUACCUGUCCCUGUAUCACGCCCAGAUGAGGCUGAAGGAUUUUCAUCAAACCUCAAUGGCGAUCUCGUGUUAACCUGGUACAGCCCUGCUUGUGGUAUCUGUGAGUCAGAAGGCCGGCUUUGUGGGUACAAAAAUAGUAAUGGCCAGGGGAUUACCUGUUACAAUUACACAACAGAGGAAAAUAAUGCUCUCAGAGUAUUUCGGAUCAUCUGUGUGGUGAUUGUUCUACCGACUUUAAUGUGUGUCUUUGGACUUGGCUGCUUUAUCUGCUUCGCAAAGUGGGGCUAUGGUCUUGCCGACGGUAGAGGAAACCAAGUUCAGCAUCGGCAGCAGGUCAAUCCGGCGGGGGCUGAUUUAGAGGCAGAGCCACCAACCCGUUUGAGUGGUCUGGACGAAUCCACCAUUGAAUCAUAUGAAAAGGUAAUCCUUGGAGAAAGCCGGCGGCUGCCUGGCCCCAAUGGCAUCACCUGUCCCAUAUGCCUCGGAGAGUACCUAUCCAAAGACACAGUUCGAUGCAUUCCUGAGUGCAAACAUUGCUUUCAUGUCGAUUGUAUUGAUCAAUGGCUUCGAGUCAACAGCAGUUGCCCUCUUUGUCGAAACUCUCCCUCUCCCUCCCCUUCCCAUUUAACUCCAUUCGUAUGAUCUUCUCAAUUCUU